AUCAAUCAAUCAGCCAGCCACAGCCCACACAGGUCGUCGUCGUCCACGCGACGCCACCACGCACACGGCGCCUCUCCCUCCUCACGUUUAUUCUCACACGCCCACGCAGCCGACCACGCCCCAGCCAGCUCAUCAUUUCCCUCUCCGGGCGCGGACGGGAGGGGCAGUUUCAUCAAUCCACAUCUCGCCCUUCGCCUGCCUUCCUUCACCCGGACGCAGCAGCGGCCAACCAAAUAAAAACACGCCGCGCCGCCCCGACGCGGCGCGCUCCGUCUUCCUCUCUCCCCGAUCCCUGCGACGGGCGACGCGGCCUUGCCUUCCACAUCAAAACCAACCUGACCGCCACAGCCGCCGCGUCCUCGUCCUCUUCCUCUGCCAUCCUCCCGGCAUCGCCCUUCGGGAUCACCGCGUCGGAACCCUACCGGAUCACCAUUCGUUCGCGCGCGCCCCGCCCCGCCAUGGAGGACUUCGCGCGCGCGGUGGAGGACGGACUCAAGCUCUCGAAGAGGCUCGUGCUCCCGGGAGGGGUGCCGCCGCCGCGCCCGCCGGCGGGGAUGGAGCGCACCGUGUCGGCCGCCUCGGCGUCGGGUCCCGACCCGCGGCUGCUCCCUACCGCGCCGAUGGCCUACGCGCUCGUCACCGACCCGGCCGCCGUCGACACCCCCGACGUGCCCAGCUACCAGCCCUACGUCUACGGCGACCUCGACCCGCCCGCGCUCAUCCCGCUGCAGAUGAAGGAGGUCGACCUGGCCGUCGACUGCGCGCUCGACGCCGCGCACGUCACCCUGCGCGCGCGCUGGUGGCUGCACUGCAUCACGCGAAGCCGCGACUCCGACGUGCGCCUCGUCGUGCCCUUGGGCGAGCAGGGUUCAAUUCUAGGCGCUGAGGUUACUGUUGGAAGAAGAUCAUAUAAUACCCAAGUAAUCGAAGUAGAAGACCACACUUUGGAGAAACAUGCAAAAAUUGAGAGUGGUGGCCUUUUGCAGCCACAUCUGUUUUUCUUGACAAUACCUCAGGUUGAGGGAGGAGCAGAUAUUUGUGCUACAUUUCAAUGGUCUCAGAAGUUACUUUAUGAUAGCGGGCGUUUCUCUGUUGACAUACCUUUCCGUUUUCCGUACUUUGUGAAUCCAUUACCAAAAGUGUUCAUGAAGAAGGAAAAAAUUCAGUUGACUGUGCACAGUGGUUUCAGUAAAGAGAUUUUGCUGCAAGGAACAAGCCACCCGUUGAAGGAAAAGAGUAGGCAAGGAGAUAAAUUGUUUUUCCAUCAUGAAGCCAUUGUUGAGAAUUGGUCGAUCAAAGAUUUCAAUUUUUCAUACAAUGUUUACUCGGGUGAUUUGUCUGGUGGUGUGCUUGUGCAACCAGCAACAUUAUGUGACUAUGAUGAUAGAGAUAUGUUCUGCAUUUUUCUUCUACCUGGAAGUGGCAACAGAAAGGUAUUUGGAAAAGCAGUUGUGUUUAUUGUUGACACAAGUGGAAGCAUGCAAGGAAAGCCUCUUGAGAAUGUCAAGCAUGCAGUUUCUACUGCUCUUUCAGAGCUUGUGGAAGGGGAUUAUUUCAACAUUAUAACAUUUAAUGAUGAGCUUCACUCAUUCUCUUCCUGUUUAGAGCAAGUAAAUGACAAAGCAAUAGCAAGCGCAACUGAGUGGAUGAAUGCAAACUUUGUUGCUGAGGGUGGUACAGAUAUUAUGCAUCCUUUGAGUGAGGCAAUGGCAUUACUAUCAAGUGUUCAUGACACACUUCCACAAAUAUAUCUUAUCACGGAUGGUUCUGUUGAUGAUGAGCAUAACAUCUGCCGAACUACAAAAACUGAUCUCUCCAACAGAGGGUCUAGGUCUCCUCGAAUUUCUACUUUUGGACUAGGAUCGUAUUGCAACCACUAUUUCCUGCGCAUGUUAGCUUCAAUUGGCAAGGGACAUUAUGAUGCUGCACUUGGGACAGCAUCAAUCGAGAAUCAGAUUCUUAAAUGGUUCAGGAGAGCGUCGAGUACAAUUGUGGCAAAUAUCUCCAUUGAUGCUUUGACACAUCUUGAUGAAUUCGAAGUGGAUUCUGAGUACAUUCCAGACCUUUCAGCGAACUCUCCUUUGUGUGUAUCUGGAAAAUACAAAGGAAAAUUCCCGGACACAAUUAAAGCUAAAGGUUACUUAGCUGACAUGAAGGAGAUCUCGGUUGAACUGAAGGUCCAACAACUAAAGGAAAUACCUCUUGACAAAGUAUUGGUGAUACAACAGAUUGAUUUUAUGACAUCAAAGGCAUGGAUGUCUGCAGAUAAACAAGUGGAGAGAAAGGUGAUUAAAUUAAGUACACAAAAUGGUGUUCCGUCGGAGUACACAGAUAUGAUCUUUCUUCAAACAAAUCUGGAUAAAGUAGAAGGAACACAAAAGGUCAAGCAAAAACUGAAAGGACACAAAGGCAGAGAUGAGCAACAGAUUUAUGGCCUGAAACUGGGAUUCGGUAACAAAGAUGCUACACGGGAAAAUCUCAUCACAGGAUUUGGAGACAUGAAUCCGGCAGAGAAAUCUGUGAUGCUCCAAAAGGGAUCGGGCUGUUGCAGCCGCGUCGCAGACUGCCUCUGCUGCAUGUGCUGCAUCAAGGCGUGCAACAGGAUGAACGACCAGUGCGCCGUUCUGAUGGCACAGAUCUGCGCGGCUCUAGCGUGCCUCGGCUGCUACGAGUGUUGUGCAGAGGUGUGCUGUGGAGGGUCGGAGUCGUAGUAGGAAGUGUUUUGUAUAUUUGUAUGGAAGAUUGGAGAAUUGGAGUGUACAUAAUAGAGUUCGCGGAAGCCCGGUUCUGGCCCGGCUCUUGGUUGUAUCCGUCCAAACGUUCUAUAAUUUGCUCGUUACAUGCAAUGCAAAAGAGGGAUGGCACACUUGAGUAGUAUUUUGCUGUUGUGCAGUGCAAACGAGGGAUGUAUCUGCUGGCAGUUCGUGUGCUUGGAGUCGGAGGUGAUAUAAAAUAACAGUUAUCAUUAGAUCUA